AUGCGGCAACGAUACUGGAUUAUUGGGGGACGAAGCACAAUUCGUCAUUAUAUAUACAAAUGUCUGAACUGUUUUCGACUUAAACGCAUCAAACAACAACAACUUAUGGGAAGCCUGCCCGAAAAACGACUACAUCCAAGCAGGCCCUUUUUGCAUUGCGGCGUAGAUUACGCUGGUCCCAUCAAAAUUCGUCUCAACAAGGGUCGAGGUGCAAAAACAAGUAAAGGAUACAUCGCACUGUACGUUUGUUUCAGUACAAAGGCAAUACACGUGGAGAUGGUAUCCGAUCUAACAACAGAUGCAUUCAUUGCAUCAUUAAAACGUUUCAUUUCGCGACGGGGAAUUCCAGCUGGAAUAUACAGCGAUAAUGGGACCAAUUUUAUUGGUGCUAAAAGAAAGCUCUCAGAACUUUAUAAGAUGGUUUUAUCAACAGAUUUUAACAACAUCAUAUCCACAUUUUUAUCAAAAAACGAGUGCCAGUGGCACUUCAUCCCGCCUGUUUCACCCCACUUUGGCGGAUUGUGGGAGUCAGGUGUCAAAGCAGUAAAAACACAUCUAAAGCGUGUAAUAGGUGAUGCUGUGCUAACAUUUGAAGAGAUGGCCACACUACUAACACAAAUUGAGGGAAUUCUUAAUUCCCGCCCGAUAUCUCAAAUCAGUGACUCCGAUACAAGCAGCUUGGACCCUUUAACUCCGGGUCAUUUUUUAAUAGGCACUGCUAUAACCGCACUUCCAGAAAAGAGUCUUUUAGAAACAAACCCACAAAGACUUAACCGAUGGCAACAAAUUCAGCGGAUAGUUCAAUCAUAUUGGAAACAAUGGUCACGCGAUUAUUUACAUGAACUUAACCAACGCCCUAAAUGGAGAAAGGAACAUAAGAAUGUCGCAGUUGACGAUUUAGUCCUUGUACAUGAAGAUAACCUGCCUCCAACUGCUUGGCUUCUUGGGCGUAUAACCGAAGUACAUCCAGGAAAAGAUGAAAUGGUGCGAGCAGUUACCUUGCGUACAAAACUGUGA